AUCUUUGGUGAGACAUCCGCGUCCAAGUUUUAGGCUCUUUUCCCAAUCAGAAGAGUAGGCAUUUCAUUCUAAGUCCGCGCUAUCCGCUUUUUCUGGCAUGGGGAGUGAAUACAGAGGCAGGGAACCUGAGUUUCUGUGGCUGCAUCUCGACUCUCUGCCUAACGUCCUUUGAACCUACUCCAGAUGUAGGUUUGGGGGUGGCAAAAGUCGGGUCCUGCAGUUCUAACUCUUAAGCCACGUCUCAGGGGGGAAAGUGGCUUUGCACUUGCUUCCUGUUCUCCAGAGCGUAGGCUUUAAAGCCAAGAACCCCGGCUUCGGAGAUGGGUGACCUGGUUGUAAAAGGCACCGUACUUUUCUGAGUAUCCCCUCGGGGUCUUGAGAUGAUCCCCAGUAAAAGAAAGGUUCCCAGCUCUCCUGGAGCGCUCUGGCCGUGGUGCGUGGGCGAUGGGGAAGCCCAGCACUUCUGGAAACUAAUACUUUGUAAAAGAGAAAACCCAAAUGCUUGGACGGAUUGCUUGCUCUUUAAACCUGAGUAGCCGCUUAAUGGAGGACUGAAUAUAUUGUAGCAGGGUAAACAGGAUAAUGUUUCUAGAGGCAACUGCACUGCUGGGGUGCUUGAGAAAGUGUAGAGUGGCCUCUAAUGAGUAGGUGGCCUGAAGUCAUCUCUAGUCUGGCCUUGAAUCCCGUCCUGGGGGCCCCAGCGUAUAGUGGAUGUGGCCAUGGGGAAGCGGUACUUCUGUGACUACUGUGACCGCUCCUUCCAGGACAACCUCCACAACCGAAAGAAGCACCUGAAUGGACUGCAGCACCUCAAGGCCAAGAAGGUGUGGUACGACAUGUUCCGAGAUGCAGCUGCCAUCUUGCUGGAUGAACAGAACAAGCGGCCCUGCAGGAAAUUCCUGCUGACAGGCCAGUGCGACUUUGGCUCCAACUGCAGGUUUUCCCACAUGUCAGAACAAGAUCUGCAGGAGCUGAGCGUCCAGGUGGAAGAGGAGAGGCGGGCCAGAGAAUGGCCCCUAGAGACCGCCGAGCUUCCUGAGGGCCACCUGGAGGACUGGCUGGAGAAGAGAGCUAAGAGGCUAAGCUCAGCCCCAAGUAGCAGGGCUGAACCCAUCAGAACCACUGUCUUCCAGUAUCCAGUGGGCUGGCCGCCAAUGCAGGAGCUGCCCCCCUCCCUGCGGGCACCCCCACCUGGAGGGUGGUCCGUACUGUCCAAAGUCCAGUGGGGCUGAGCUCUUCCUCACCUCCCCCUGCCUGACUUCAACCUGUCUCAUCAGUCACAGUAAAGACAAUUGCCUAACCGAGGAAGCAGAGCUGCCUUCCCUCCCUUCUCCCUGGGGCCUCUGAGCCUGGCCGCCCAUCCACCCACCAUCCCUCAGGGCGUUUCUCAAGAAGAUGGGUGAGAAACAUCCGAAUGUUUAUAAAAAAGUCUGUCCUUGA